AAUUGGUUAGUUUACAGCACUCUCAGUAGAGUUGAGUAGAGUUCUUAACCAUUUUAACACAUAUUUACAUUUAACUUGACACAUACAAUUUAAAAUAUGUAUGUAUACAUUUAUUUUAAUUUCUACACUGAAAAUUGCAGUACACAUAUAUAACGCAUAUCCAUUGAGGAUGUCACCGCGAUGACACGGUUGCUAGUUCAGAAGCCUCGGAAGUAACGGUGUUGAUUCAUUAAUUUUAUACCCAUAUUAAAAUAAUAAUAAUAAAAUUAAAUGUUAGUCAACACUGGAUUUAUUCGGUAGCAAUAAUGCCAGGAUGUCAAACCACGCUAAGAAUGAAAGUAUUCAACGGGGAGCGGUCAUGGAUUAUGAUAAACAGUUUCAGGAAGACUUGGAAAGAGCACAAGCUCUAAGUUUGGAGAGUUUGGCCUUGGAGAAAUUCAAACUCCAAAAACAGUUAGAGUGCUCUAAUAAUUUUUUACAAAAUACAUUCACUCCGCAACAAUGUAGUCAGUCUAAUAGCAGUAAUGUUUCUGAAGUAGAUAGUUCGACUUCUAUGGACAAAUUACAAUUAAGAAGUAGACCAAGGCCUGGAGGUACACAGUCGAAAAAUUCCCUCAUCAUAGCUCCACCGCCGAUACCUAGUCGGCGUAAUUCAACAACAACAGUAGGCCCAGCAUCCUCCAACACAACCGACCUAAUUAAUUUCACCAGUCCCGUUAAAUCGGAGUCUAGUUUGGAUGACUAUUGCAGCAGCACAACUGCGUCAGCUGUCCCGACGAUAUCGCAGCCUUCUAUCGAACCCAAGUGGGAUACACACCCGUCACUUCUCAAAAGAACAACAAGAGUUUCGAGAAGCAACAGCUCAGCAGCGGCUUACCAGACCCACGACUUUCGCUAUCACUCGCCUUCUCCCGGACCUCGCGCUUCUACUGCGCCAUGCACACCUGGCACUCCGGGAAUUAGCCCGGUGAUAACGCAAGCCGAGAGUGUCGGUGACGGUAUUCCACAGCUGGCUUGGAAUUUUUUUACUUUUAGAAAUUAUUUCUUCGCUCAGAUCCCACCAUUGCCAAUGAACUACCGCCCACCUCUAACCGGCCCAUCUGCAACCAAGCCAAUUUUCCCCCUCGAAGACAACCAGCUCCAAGUAUUAAAAGUAAUAGAAAAAAAGCCAAAUAAUAACCUGAUAGAUCUGAGUGCAUUUGAAAACCCAGAAGACAAAACAAAUGUCCGAGUAAGCGUCCUAGAGGCCUUUGACCCUCUUCUAAUAAAGACUGAAGCAAUAAAAAAAGAAUCGACCCCUAAAAAUAAUGAACCAAGCCAGACCGACGGCUCUGUAUACGACCCAUUCGACCCUUUUGACUACAUGUACAGCACAAAUGAGAGCAUAAGCUCCGACCCAGUUUACGCAGCAGUAGAAAAGACCCCAACUUCCCCAGCAGUCUCUCCCGCAGCUCCACCAUUACCUCCCCGAAAUUCCUCAGCCUGGAACACGAUAGAAAAACGCCGUACGUCCCUAGACCGCCGACGAAAGCGCCAGACCCGUCUCUACGAAAAUAUCACUGUAGUAAAAGCCCGAGCCUCUUUACAAGACUGCGAUCUCAAAGCGUUCCACCUGAUGAUCAAAGCCGUAAGAGGCGAGUUUCCCUUUAACGACCCAAAUACAAACAUCGGACACGUUAUAAGUCCCAUGAUGGAGAAUCUUUACCCCGACGGGACCAGCAUUAAGCUAGUAGUCCACCCUCAAUUGUCCGAAAGUUCAGAAAACCCAGCACCGUCCAUUAAUUUUACUUGCAACGUAAGUUGCAGCGUAGAGCACGUUAUUCUUAACGUAGCUUGCUCGUUAGAAGACAAUAUUGUAAAUGCAGACAAAUAUUGCCUAAGAGUCUGGGGUCUUGCUGAAUAUUUAGCUCCUAACACCACUUUAGCGCAAUACGAGUACAUUCAUCAGUGCAUUAAACUCGAAAAGGACAUUGAAUUGGCGAUAAUAACCCGAGCGCAAAUAAAAAGGUCCAUUGCUAGGUCUCUACAAGACGACAAUAGAGAUCAAGAUUUAAAGUUAGAAGAUAUUCUACCCAACGAACCUCUAGAGCCUAUUUCUUACGACACGUUGAUUAUUUUAUUAGAGACAGUUGAAAAAGAAAUGGAACGCGUUGAAACAGCUGCUAUUCAAUUAGCUGCGCCUAAUCAUAGCUCUAGUCUUUUGCCACAAUUACAACCCCGAGGAGUUGUUCAGUCUGUUAAAGCAGUUUGCGCGCUAAUGGGAAAUAUUGAAACUUACGAAAUCACUGAAGCGGUGGAUAAUUUUGUUAAUGCUUGCUGCCAAUUUUUGCCCCAAAUGCACACGACUAAUAUCGAGUGUAAAAAGCCGGAGAUUUUGCACGAAGAUGGGGAUUACUCGGUGGUUACUUUGAGGACUAAAUUUCCCGAAUUGUUGGGCUCGCAUUGCCAUAAAAUUCGCGACGCGAUUCAAGAUCUUGUUGAGACUUACUGCAAUGCGUUCAGGGUUGAUUUUCAUAAAUUGCGCGGGGAAUAUUUGGCAAAUAGUUUGGUGUCUUCGGAGGUGUUGGAUACUGUUCUAGUAAGAGUGGGAGCUUUGCAUAGAAUUCCUAACUCGUGGAAACACGAUGAUUAUAUUGUAGCUGCGCAAAUUUUUCACGGAACAAGGCCUGUGGGCAAUCCGGUGCUUUCUGAGCCAAUGACGCUUAAUGUCAAUUUUUACUCGAGAAUUUUAUUUAAUACUUGGCUGGAAUUUCGCGGGAUUAGUGUUUGUCAAGUUCCUCGAGAAGCGAGGUUAGUUUUGGUGAUUUAUGGACGAACUUUGCAGCCAACUGAGCACGAUAAUUCGUCGGGAGAAGGCUCGAUGCAAAAAGAGGAGCUAGGAUGGGGUGCAAUACAAUUUUUUGACUAUGAUGGAGUUAUGAGUCAGGGGAACUUUUUUUUGUCGCUCUGGCCAGCGGCUGCUGAUAAAAGACUUGGACCUGCUCCGGCGCCGGGGAUCCAUCCUUAUGGAGAAACUAAUCCGAUAAUUGGAUUAGAACUCCCGGAUUAUGGAGGAAGGGUGCUUUUUCCUACGGAAUUAAGAGAUCAUGAUGUAGAGUCGCUGGAUAUUAAUUUGCUGGAUCAAAAUACUAAAGAGCUAUUGAUUGAUAUUUGCCAGCAGGAUACUUUCUCUAGGCCGCCGGUUGAUGAGAGAGAAAUUUUGUGGGAAAAAAGACACUACUUGCAUGAAAUUCCGGAAGCUCUGCCGAAAGUUUUGUUGGCUGCUCAUAGCUGGGACUGGGCUUGUUUGCCAGAUCUUCACGCUUCGUUGAGAGUUUGGAGCCCGCUUCCACCUGUUCAAGCGCUUCAAUUGCUACUUCCUUGCUUUCCGGAUAUUAAAGUUAGGGAGAUGGCUGUUGGGUGGAUAAGAGAGUUGAGUAAUGAUGAGCUGGUGGAUUAUCUUCCGCAGUUGCUGCAGGCGCUGAAGCAUGAGACUUAUGAAGCUUCGCCGCUGGCGAGGUUUUUGUUGGAAAGGGCGCUACUGUCGCCGAGGGUUGCGCAUCAUAUUUAUUGGCUUUUGACGCAAUCUCUUCCUGGGCAGAGUCCUCAGAAUUCUGGAGAAUCAUCACAAGAAGAUGACCGAAGUAUAAGUUUCACUCGGUACCAAAGAAGACUACAAUUAAUGCUUCGCGCGCUGCUGGCAGUAAUUGGCGAAGCUUUGAGAAAUAGUUUUCUUACUCAGCAAUUAUUAGUCAAAAAUCUCAAUGAAAUUGCUGAAAAUAUAAAAACAACUAAAGAAUCAUUAAGAAUGGAAUCUUUAAAGUUAGGAUUGCAAAAUAUACAUGGUCAGUUGGCUGAAGAUGAGGGUACUUGUUUGCCUUUGUCACCUAGCAGACAAGUAUUUGGAAUAAAUAUCCAAACUUGUUCAUAUUUUCCAUCAUUUACAUUACCAUUAAAAAUAAGCUUCAUAAGCUGCGAUAACGUUAUUAGUCCAGCGAUAUUCAAAGUUGGAGAUGAUUUGCAGCAAGAUAUGUUGACGAUUCAAAUGGUAAGAAUAAUGGACAAAUUAUGGCUUAAAGAGGGUUUGGAUUUAAAGAUGGUGACAUUCGCUUGCGUGCCUACGGGGAACAAGCGUGGAAUGAUUGAGAUGGUGACCAAUGCUGAAACUUUGAGAAAAAUUCAAGUUGAAUUCGGUCUCACGGGAUCUUUUAAGGACAGACCUAUCGCCGAGUGGCUUGCCAAACAUAAUCCUUCGGAGUUAGAGUACGAAAGAGCGGUGGAAAAUUUUACCCGCUCCUGCGCGGGUUACAGUGUCGCUACUUAUAUCCUGGGAAUUUGCGACAGACACAAUGACAAUAUAAUGCUCAAGACCUCGGGUCAUUUAUUUCAUAUUGAUUUUGGAAAGUUUUUAGGCGACGCGCAAAUGUUUGGUAACUUCAAAAGAGAUCGAACGCCGUUCGUACUGACUUCAGAUAUGGCGUACGUGAUAAAUGGAGGCGAUAAACCAUCAGCUAAAUUUCAUAACUUCGUAGAUUUGUGCUGUCAAGCUUUCAACAUCGUUCGGAAACAUGGAAAUCUUAUUCUACAUUUAUUUGGACUGAUGACAUCUUCUGGGAUUCCCGGCGUGACGAUGGAUGCUGUGAGUUAUGUACAAAAAGCUCUUCUGCCAGGACAAACAAAUCCUGAAGCUGCUGCUACUUUUGCGAGGAUGAUUGAAAGCUCGCUUAAAAAUUGGUUCACUCAGUUCAACUUUUUCCUUCACAAUUUGGCACAGUUGAGGUUUACCGGUGAUCACAAUGAUGGUGAACUCUUGUCAUUUAUCCCACGUACAUACACAAUGCAGCAAGAAGGACAACUUACAAGUGUACAAGUUCAUGGAUACCAAAAACGCUACGACCCGGAGAAAUAUUACAUGUAUAUUUUGAGAAUUCAGAGAAAGGGUCAGCCAGACCCGACUUACUUAUUCCGUUCGUACAAAGAGUUCUGUGAAUUUUAUCAGAAACUGUGCAUCCAUUUUCCUCUUGCCAAAGUAGCUAGUUUACCGAAUGGUAUGAGCGUAGGCAGAUCAAAUAUCAAACAAGUAGCAGAUAAACGACGAGCAGAUAUCGAAAAAUUUUUACUUAGCCUAUUUAAAAUGGCACCUGAAAUAUCACAAAGUGACCUUGUUUAUACAUUUUUUCACCCCCUUCUUCGAGAUCAGCAAAAUGCUGAUAUUCAUCUUCGCAAAGUAAAAGUAGGAAAUUGGUGGGCCGAGAAGAGAGUCAGAGACAACAUUCAAUGCGGACAAAUAAAACUAUCCUUGCACUACAGCCGUGGUACAUUAUCAGUAAUGAUUCACCACGCCAGAGGCUUGCCAAAGGUUGCCAAUGCUCAAGAGCCGAAUACUUAUGUAAAAGUAUACCUCAAGCCAGACCCGACAAAAGCAACCAAACGAAAGACAAAAGUAGUUAAAAAAAAUUGUCAUCCAUCAUUUAUGGAAAUGCUGGAGUACAGAAUGCCGCUUGAUGUUAUCAAAGAGCGGACACUUGAAGCAACUAUAUGGAAUCAUGAUACUCUUCAAGAAAAUGAAUUUCUCGGUGGUAUCCGCUUGCCUCUCGGUCAUUUCGAGCUUACUAAUGAAACUAUUGAAUGGUUUCCUCUUGGUAGCAUUCGAUAAUUAAUAAUUAGGAUUAAAUUAAUUAAUUAAUUUUUUUAAUAUUGCAUUAGAUUUUUUACGCACAGUCUAAGAAAAUUACUUACGACUCUAAUUAUAUUUAGGUAAUUUAUCUAUUCAAAAUUAUCACAAUUAAAAUAAGUCUAGUGAUUUUUUAUAAAUGGUUAGAAAUAUUUAUUGAUUAUUUUUGAUAAAUAUUUCUAUUGCCAAUAAUAUUUAUUAACCAAAGGAGGACCUAAGCUAACUCUUUUUACACUUUAAUAGUUUUUAAUAUAUUUUUACAUUGAUUAAUUAAUUAAUUA